CUUCUGUAUGCUUCUAUUCAUCUCCGCAUGAAAGGAUACAUUAUAUACCUUCUAGUAACAGUAUCGUGUCAAAAGGAAUGAGCUAUGUAACUAGAAUACAGUUGGUGUGUAACAAUUUAAGAUUAAUGAGCCUAAAAUGCCAAGAACAUCGGUAGUCUAAUUUGUUUUAUUGAAGUCGCAUGACUGGAGCAGGCUGAUAUUACAAAUUUUUACCACUUCCUCAAACCUGGGCAUGUGACGCCACCUAUGAGUCCGAGUUGCAAUGGAUGCGGCGCGCAUUCAUAUCUUCACAUCUCUCUUUGGUUUAGUAUGUUCUCUCUGGACCGGGGAUGACCUCAGUGCGUCGACUCCAAACAUUAUCAUCAUGCUCAUGGAUGAUAUGGGGUGGGGUGACCUAGGUGUAUUUGGGCAGCCCUCCAAAGAGACCCCCAACCUUGAUAGGAUGGCUGCCGAGGGGAUGCUGUUCCCUAACUUCUACACUGCUAACCCACUCUGCUCACCAUCCAGAGCAGCACUAUUGACUGGAAGGCUACCUGUCAGAAAUGGAUUCUACACCACAAAUGCCCAUGCAAGGAAUGCGUACACGCCUCAGGAGAUAGUUGGGGGAAUCUCAAAGGAAGAAAUUCUCCUGCCAGAGAUGCUGAAAAAAAAGGGCUACGUUAGCAAAAUUGUUGGCAAGUGGCACCUUGGUCACAGGACAGGCCAUCUGCCUCUGGAGCAUGGGUUUGACCAGUGGUUUGGUGCACCUGACUGCCACUUCGGUCCCUACGACGGCAGCAGCAGGCCGAACAUCCCAGUCUACAACAACUCAGAGAUGGUCGGAAGGUAUUAUGAAGAAUUCCAGAUUGACCGGAAAACUGGUGAAUCAAACCUUACGCAGAUCUACCUGCAGGAAGGACUGGGCUUCAUCUUCACCCAAGCCUUAGCGCGACGGCCCUUCUUUCUGUACUGGGCUCCAGAUGCUACCCACGCGCCAGUGUACGCCUCAAAGGACUUCCUCGGGAAAAGCCAGAGAGGACGCUAUGGCGAUGCCGUGAUGGAGCUGGAUUACAGCGUGGGGCAGAUCCUGGACUGGCUCAGCAUCCUCGGCAUCGACAAGAACACCUUUGUCUUCUUCUCCUCGGACAACGGGGCUGCAGUCAUGUCCGGACCUAUGCAGAGUGGCAGUAAUGGACCUUUCCUCUGUGGGAAGGAGACCACGUUUGAGGGUGGCAUGAGGGAGCCGGCCAUUGCCCGGUGGCCCGGACACAUCCCCGCUGGCAUGGUGAGUCAUCAGCUGGGUAGUGUAAUGGAUCUGUUCACCACCAGCCUUGCUCUGGCCGGACUGGCAGCUCCAGACGACCGGGUGGUUGACGGACUCGACCUGCGGCCCGUCCUCUUCAACAACUCCCUCAUCGACAGGCCCAUCUUCUAUUACCGUGGCAACGAGAUGAUGGCUGUGCGGUUGGGGCCCUACAAGGCGCACUAUUGGACGUGGAGCAACUCGUGGGAGGAGUUUAAUCAGGGCGUAAACUUCUGUCCUGGGGAAGAGGUGGCUGGUGUCACCACACACACCCAGGAGGAGCACACCAUGCAGCCUCUUAUCUUCCACCUAGGACGGGACCCAGGGGAGAAAUAUCCAAUCAGUGUUCUGAGCAGGGAGUACCAGGUUGUUUUGAAACACAUUAGCCCAGUAGUAGAAGAACACAAGCUGAAGUUGGUGCCUGGCCAGCCUCAGCUCAACAUGUGUGACUUGGCUGUCAUGAACUGGUCUCCUCCUGGGUGUAAGAAGCUGGGGAAGUGCCUGACGCCCCCUAAGUCACAGCCUUGGAAGUGUGUUUGGCCACACUGAUCCAGGAUAUGCCUACACAUGUCUUUGGCAAUGCCUCUUGAUGGUGUCGUUUGUUUCUUAGCCAGACAUUCCAGCAUCCUCUUGGUUGCCUGUUUUAUGACAGUCCCGACAGCAAACGAUUUUUUAUUGUUUGUUUAAAUGUGGAUAACAACAUUGAAAAGAGGUGUAACAGUAUGUGAAGGGACAUCUGCGUACAUUAGUAUAAGGAUGUUUACUUCUCUUGGUGAGUGGGGAAUUGCUGUAUGGCACUGCAACAAACUAGUAAAUGUGCCUGUGUAGUGUACGUCACUCCAUUCCUGCUAAUAAUUUCUCUCAACAUUUUUUUUUUUACAAAUGUAUGAGUUGAGCUAAAUAAUAAAAACUUAAUAAGAAUAAUA